UCUCUCUCUCUCUCUCUCUCUCUCUCUCUCUCUCUCUCUGGCUAACUCUGCAAUCAUAAACUCCUCCAACCAUUGAAAAGUACCACCAUUUUCAUCUCCAUUUUAUCAUUUAAUUUAAUGUAAUUUAUUUGUCGUAUCACCGACUGUAUAAAUCAGCGAUUUUCUUCCUAACUUUUUCCCCCUUUUCUUCAACCCUAGUUCACAGAACGGUCCUUGUAAUUCUCACGCAAAGUUCGUUUCUUAAUCUGUAUUUAUGCUUUAUAUCCAAUUCAACAAUUGAAGCCAAAAGGACAAUGAAUCACAUUCCCGGAACCAACUCAAUUUCUAGCUGAAUCGUAAUUUCAUUCACCCCUGAUUUUCCCCUUUUUUAUUUUAUUUUAUUUUUAUUUUAAUUUACUGUGCCCUAAUUUUUCAUCUCUGUUGUUUAACUGCAAUUGACGUUUAUGGAUAUAUAUGCAGAUCUGCGUAUAUAUGUAAUAAUGGUACGAAUUGAUCUGUAUGGUUGAUUAGGGUUUGAAAUUGGAAUUGGGGUUUUUAGAUUGUGUUUGGAUAUCUGGUUAUUGAUUUGGAAUGAAACAUCUGGAAUUUGUUUGCUGAAAUUUUUAAGCUUUUUCAAUCAUUGACUUUAUUUAUUUUUUAAUGAUGUUUUAUUGGAUUAUUAAUAUUAAUGUUUAUUAAAUGCAACAAAUUCUCAUUCUCUUUCUUCCCCAGCCUGGCACUCCCCAGUUAACAAAUUAUAAUUUUUAGAAAAGCUUGUUUUGGAAUUUGUAACUGUUAUGGUGUUCUAGGGGUUUAUAUAAUGGGUUUAUGAACUUUUUUAGCAAUUAGCUAUCCAGGUAUUGUUGGAGGGUAAGGUUGGGUCAUGUUGAACUUCAAUGGUUGUACCAAUAAUAUGGAAUGACCUAAAAAAUCUCCAGGUUCACUUUGAAAUAAGGAAUAUUAACCUGCCAUUACUGCAAAUUGUACUGCUUUCAUCAUUUUUGUUUAGAUGGUUUUUCUCCUCAUAUAAGUAUGAUCUGUAUCAUUCUUGUACACUGCUUGAUUUGAUCAUAAGUUGACCAAAUGGAUUCAAAGAGUCAAAUUUCCUUUCUGUUAUGCAAGUUCUGUGAUAUUUUCUUUGUUUGUGAUUAAUCAUACAACUAGGAAUUAUGGGCAUUACUAUUGUUUUUUUUUUUUUUUCAAAUUACAACUUUAGGUUGUAAGACUCAUGACUGUCACUCAAGAUAUAAACUAGUUAUUGUACAACACAAUUGUUUUGAACAUACUAAUUUAUUGCUUGAAGGGUGAAAUUCAAUGUGCUGUAAAGUGGAAUAAGGAUCCCAUAGUAUUUCAUUUGCCAACUCUUACCAGUGUAUAAGAUACAGAAGAUACCAGCAGACAAGAGAUUUGGUCCCUUUUCUUGUGUUAGUAACAGUUAAACACAUUACGGUGCACAUAGAUGGCCACUAGGAAACAAAGCAUGCCAGAUGAGGCAGAUAAGCAUUCUCUCCAUAAGGAAUGGGAUGAAGCUUCAUGCCCUAUAUGCAUGGAUCACCCACACAAUGCUGUUCUUCUACUUUGUACUUCUCAUGAUAAAGGAUGCAGAUCUUACAUUUGCGACACAAGCUAUAGGCACUCAAACUGCCUAGAUCGUUUCAAGAAAGUCACUGAUGAAAAAUUGUACUUGCCCUCUCCACCCACAUCAACGGCUAGGAUUACCUCUCCACCCAGGCUUUCUAGUAGCCCGAAUUUUACUUUUCGUACUUCUGAUAGAAACUCAGGCUCAAGAACAUUAAGUAAUUCAUCGGAAUCUCAUGAAGAAGUGAAUACAUCAGUCAGUAAUGCUUUGGUAACUGGUGGAGUUGCUGGAGGAUCAGAAGCAAAUAGAAUUAAUCUUACAGAUAAUUACAUGGAGAGACGUGAAGGAACUUUAGAAGCUAGGGAUGCCAGCCCAGUAUGGACAAGGGGUCCUGAAGCAACAGAUGUGGUUUGCCCAUCAGAACCAAAAUUGAACCUGAAAUGCCCUAUGUGUCGUGGAGACAUAACGGGAUGGAAGGUUGUUGGAGAAGCUAGGAAGUACCUGAAUUCGAAGCCUAGAAAUUGUUCCCGUGAAUCAUGCUCAUUCGUAGGUAAUUAUAGGGAGCUGCGCCAUCAUGCAAGGAGAGUUCACCCCACAGCUCGCCCUACUGAUGUUGACCCAUUGAGGCAGCGGGCUUGGAGAUCCCUUGAAGAACAGAGAGAAUAUGAUGACAUAAUCAGUGCUAUUCGAACUGCUAUGCCAGGUGCUAUGGUAUUUGGGGAUUAUGUAAUUGAGAAUGGAGAUAGGCUAUCGAGUGAAAGGGGCACGGGCACAGGUGAAAGUGGCAGAUUGAUGAGUACUCUCUUCCUGUUUCAGAUGAUUGGUUCUAUGGACACAAUAUCUGAGCUAAGAAGUGACAGAUCAAGAACUUUAUCCAGGCACCGACGCUCAAAUGGAUCUUUACCUAGGCGCCGCUUUCUUUGGGGUGAGAAUCUCUUGGGUCUUCAAGAUGAUGAUGAUGAUGAUGACGACGAUGACAAUGAAGAUGAGGAAGAAGAUGAAGACUUGGAUAUAAUUAGCGAUGAGGUUCCUUCUAAUCCAAGGAGGCGUCGUCGGUUGAUGUGAUCCAGGCCAGAUGUAGAUCAAAAUUAGCCUGUCACCCUGAAAGCAUCCUAACCAAGAUCUUCUCGCAACUCACUUCCCCAAGUUCCCAGAAAUCUGCUAGCCUAAGCGAGGGGAGAUCCAUUUCUAUAUCCUUGUCUUCAUACAGGCGAGGUUGUGCCUUGAUUCAGACAAAAUAAUCGAGGUUGUUGACUUGCAUUUUCAGAGCCUGGGAUGCUCAUGCUUCAUGUUCUCCAGUCUUGUUGCAUCCUAAGCUUCAAGAUUUGUACAUAUAUUCUCAUUGACCAUGGAUUUGAUUACCUCCAGUCAUUGUUGAUUUUGAAUGUUAAUCUCUUUUGUUUGUUGUGCCACCUAUUUUCUGUUGCUGUUGUUAAGGAUGCUUAAUUGUUGAUCUCAUAUUUUACCCAUCA